CCUGGAGUCGACUGUACUAAUAAGUACUGCACUGCGCAGCAAUCAAAUUUAAUAUUCAAAGCAGCUGCUGCGAGUAUUUUGUAGGAUUCUAAUAGUAAUAUCUAUAUAAAUAGCUUCUAUUAGCAUUCAGCUCGUUAAAUGUUGUGUUUUGCCUUUUAGGACGUUCUCCCAGGCAACUGGUUAUUCGCAAAAUUUGCCAUGGCUGAAUCGAGCGAAGGCCGUGUCCCUUGCGGACAGCACACCUGCAUCCCGAAGUGCAUGGAACCUUUAAAAAUCCGUGAUAUAACACUGAAGAACCGCAUUGUGGUGUCGCCCAUGUGUCAAUACUCGUCCGUCGACGGCUUCCCCAACGACUGGCAUCUCGUGCAUCUGGGCAGUCGGGCUAUCGGCGGUGCCGGACUCCUGUUCUUCGAGGCCACGGCGGUGUGCCCGGAGGGACGCAACUCCCCGGGGGACCUCGGAAUCUGGAUGGACGAACAUAUUGAACCGCUGGCACGCAUCGUCAAAUUCGUUCAGGAGCAAAACUGCGUCGCCGGGAUUCAGAUCGGGCAUGCCGGACGGAAAGCCUGCCAUACGGCACCGUGGAAAGGGAACACCGUGAUUCCGGUGGACCGAGGCGGGUGGGUUCCCGUCGCGCCCAGUGCGGUGCCGUUCAAACCCACCGAGGCACCGCCCCGCGAGAUGAACCGCGAGGACAUCCAGCAGACCGUGGAGUACUUCCGGGCGGCCGCGGAACGUGCCCUGAAAGCUGGGUUCCAGGUGUUGGAGAUCCACGGAGCCCACGGGUACUUGAUCAACGAGUUCCUGUCUCCUUUGAGCAACAAGCGGACGGAUGAAUACGGUGGGUGCUUCGAGAACCGGACCCGGUUCCUGCUGGAGAUCACCGAAGCAAUCCGCUCAGUCUGGCCGGACACGCUCCCGCUGUUCGUCCGGCUCUCGGCGACCGAUUGGGCGGACGGUGGGUGGACGAAGGAAGACACCGUGGAGUUGGCGAAAGUGUUGAAAACCAAGGAGGUCGAUCUGAUUGAUUUGACCACGAGCGGUAUCGACCCCACUCCCAAGAUCCCGCUGGGUCCGUUGUACCAGGUGCCCUUUGCAGAGGCGGUGAAGAAAAAAGCCGGGAUGUUGAGCGGCGCUGUGGGGCUGAUCAACACGCCCGAGGAAGUGGAGAGUGUGAUCAAGGAGGGCCGGGCGGAUCUCGUGUUCAUGGCGCGCGGGUUCCUCCGGGAUCCGUAUUUUGCGCGGCGGGCCGCGGAGGCGCUGGGUUCCCCGAUGGAAUGGAUGGGACAGUAUCAGCGAGCGGGAACAUUUAAGCCUCGACAGUAUCACUAACAGUUUGGUCAAAUAAUUGCAUUUCGCACAAAAAUUUUAAAUUUCCCCUGUUGCUUUUUUACUUUAUUGCAUAGUCAGUGGUUCUCAGUGGUCAUGCAAUAUUUAGUGGUCAGGUUAAUCGAUUCACUGUGUGUGGAAUGAAUGAAGAUUGUACUUUUUGUAUGCAUCCUGACCUCGCAACAUUUCUUGUGAUACGAGUAUUUCUAGAUUUUUCCUUAUGUACACAUUUUAUUCUGUUGUUAAUAAAAAUGCGAG